GAGGGUGUUCAGAGUUGAGUAUCAUAGGCAACCAAAAAGCCUUUCUUUUUGUUUGUUUGUUUGUUUGAUUGAUUCUGGUGUUUGCGUUAUUAUUCCUUUAUCCUCAUGGCUUCCUCAAACAGACACUGGCCUAGCAUGUUCAAGUCCAAACCCUGCAAUUCUCACCACCAAUGGCAGCAUGACAUCAACCCAAAUCUCUCUUCUUCAACUGCCACUUGCCUCAGAUCUGCUCCUUAUGCUACAGUUGGUGGGUGUGAAGAGAGGAGUCCAGAGCCANAACCAAGAUGGAAUCCAAAACCAGAACAAAUUCGGAUUCUUGAAGCAAUUUUCAAUUCCGGGAUGGUGAAUCCACCAAGAGAUGAAAUUAGAAAAAUUAGAGCUCAAUUGCAGGAAUAUGGACAAGUGGGUGAUGCUAAUGUUUUUUAUUGGUUUCAAAACAGAAAGUCAAGAAGCAAAAGCAAACUCCGCCAUAUCCAAAACUCCAAAUCCAAUAAUAAUCACAAUUCCCAAACCACCACUACUCCUUUACCAUCUCCUAUUCCUCCCAUCGCCACUGCCACCAUCACCGCCGCCGCCGCCGCCACAACUUGUUCUUCCUCUUCUUCUUCCGACAAGUCUUCUCCAAUAUCAGCACCCAUCAAAACUUUUAGCUCCAAUUCAAUGACCCAGAACUACCUUCCACAACUCACCAAGGAGCUCUUGCCUGAACCCUUUUUCUUCCCGGUUUCACAGACCGGCGGCGGCGGCGGCGGUGGAAGCUCUAAUUUGAGUCAAGGGUUUUGCUUGUCGGAGCUUUGUAGUGUAGUGCAGCAAGUGCCUGAAGAUGGGGUUGUUGGGCCUUGCACAAGCCUGUUGCUGAGUGAGAUUAUGAACCCAACUGAGGCUUCAAAAAAAGAUUUGGAUGAGGACAAGAUCACGGUGAAGUUGCCGCCUCCGUUCAUGAAUUAUCAUCCUGUUUUCACUCCCUCCACUGAUAAUAUUCUUCCACCAACCACUAUGUCCACCGCCCUCACCACUCUUCCAUCUCCUUCCCAUACAAUUCAUCAAGGUGUCGGCGAAGUUUAUGGAUUAGGUCAAAGCUGUGUAGGGAUGUCAACAGUGUUCAUCAAUGGUGUGGCGUUCGAGGUGGGUUCUGGUGCGUUCAAUGUUCGGGAGGCCUUUGGUGAUGAAGCUGUUCUGAUUCACUCCUCUGGUCAGCCUGUUAUCACUAAUGAAUGGGGCCUCACUCUCCACUCACUCCAACAUGGCGCCUCUUAUUAUCUUAUAUAAAGAAGAUUUGAAAGUGGAGGAGGAACCACCAGGGAAUGGAAGAACGUAGCAGUGGUCUAUGAUUAGCUUAGGGUUUGAAUUUGAGUGCUUGUGAGAGCUCUUACUAUAUCUAUGAGGCAAUGUAAUUUGAAUAUUUGGUUUCAACGGACCUCUUAUUAUAUCUAUGUGUUGUUUCAUGAGAAAUGAAGAGAGCCAAAUUUGAUGA